AUGUGGGGACCGCCGCUUGCUGGUCGGGUGCAUGUUGAUAUCAAGGUGGCCAAGUUUGACAUCAACUUUGGUGCGGAUAAGGGAGAUGAGAAGGAAGCUAAUAUCGAGGAAUUCUACCAUGUGGUUCUGCAGGCAAGCAGUCAACAGGCAAAGAGCCGCACGGUAGAGGAGGAACCCGCCCUGAUAGCUGAGGGCGAAGAAGACAUUUUGCCAGGAGACUCCAACCAAGGACACACAUUCCUUGCCACUUCAGGACCUCUGAACAACAGUUCUUCUACUGAUCGAGUCCAGAAUGCUGAUUGGGUCGUUCGCGGAAGAUCUUUCUCAUUCGUCGUCGGAUAUGAUGAGAGUCAGGAACCUACCAAGAGCAGUCAAGAUAACAAUAUCGACGAUUUGAUCGACAAUAACUCCGGUAGCUUGAAGCUUAUGAUGGAUCUUCUCAUGCAAGGGCCGCCAGCUAUCAUGUCUGGGGAUACUCUCGAAGCUUUCAACAUCUUGGCGUCAGGUGAGAGAGUCCUUAAAACGAAGAAGCCUUUUCCAGAGACGGAGUCACCCGAGGAUGCCUGGAACCCCAGCAAACCAAAGGAUGGUGCCGAACAGUGGAAUGAUGUGCAUAACAAGUGGUCUUCGCCAGAGUGGAAUGAGGGUCGUGAUGACGUGCAACAGACUUUUGUCGAUUCUUGGUCUGAGAUUUUUGGGUGGGGAAAGGCAUUGUCGGGAUUGGCUAAGCUCCCUAAGCUUCUGGGAGAGAGGUUCGAUGAUGAUGAUUUGUGUGUCGAGGCCCUACUGAUCACCGUCUAG